AGGAAGAUAGACAGACAGACAGGCAGGCAGGCAGGUAGACAGACAAAUGGUGAAUGUCUUUCUUUUAAAAUAUUGUUAGCCCUAAUAAGGUCAAAGUUUAAUGCCUAAAAAUUUGUUCUUUUUUGUUGUGUAAUUAGAAGCAGAGAAAUGUAAAAUUCCAAAUGACUGGUUGUUUCCAUUUUGUGAAGCAAAAGUAACAUGGAUGCAGCAAUUAUGGGAAACAAAUAAAGAUUGUUAUGUCGGAAGACACAAACUUCAGCCUGAGAGUAUAUGCUCCAUCCUCAUUUACCUUAGUGAGGUGGAGAACUUUUGUCCAGUCCUACCAUGGCGACGGAACAACACUACAAAAGUUAGACAGCAUAAGCUAGCAACAAUGAGAUUUGAAUUAGAUAGCGCCUUCAUCAACACUUUAAACAAGCUCAAUCUACGCUGGAUGCGAGACCGUAUUACAAGAAUGUGGCCUCAGUGGGUAACAGCCGCCAAACAAUUUGCAGCAGAAGGAAAUAUCCGUAGACAACAUCAAGCCAAAAAGAUUUUUAUUUUCUUUGGUACCUAUGCUUUUCAACCCAACUGGCUUAAUCUGGCGUAUCAUGGCGCUCCUCUUGGAGAGAUGGUCCAAUGGAGUGACGUGCUAGCCGCUUUGUACAUCCUGGGCCAUGAUUUGACGCUCUCCGUCAAUGCUACCACAUAUAAAAACCACCUGUCAGUUCCAAAGGUCAAGUCUUGUGCGGAUGUGUUCACACCAGAGUUUGAUGCUAUUUACACAGACUACAAUGGAUUAACUUACAUGAACAUAAACAUGCCACCCAAUAUGUCCCCAUACAGGUGCCGUAUCCGGAUUCUGGAUUCUUUUGGAACUGAUCCGGAGUUUAACUAUGGUGCAUAUAGGGGUUUGGUACCCGGCGGCAAGUCAGCAUGGGCAAAAGCUGACCUACACUUGAGACAGAUAUUCACAAUGUUUCCCCACAGUCCAGAUAACUCGUUCCUGGGUUUUGUGGUCAGCGGACCCGUUCCAGAAGAUGUUAAACCUCCAAAGAAGAAACCGAUUGGACUAGUUUAUGGAAAAGACGUCGAGUUUUGGGCGGGAAAAAGUAAAUAUCUUGACACGUUGCAUAAAUAUUUGGAGAUACAUGGCACAUUUUUUGGAGUAAAGGAGGAGAGUAUAAAAAAGAAUGUCCCCGACUACGUCAUAGCACAUGGCAUACUCAGUAAACCUGACUUGGAAAAACUUUUACAAGAAACCAAGGUUUUCAUAGGUCUUGGGUUCCCGUAUGAAGGACCGGCACCCCUUGAGGCCAUCGCACAAGGAUGUAUUUUCCUAAAUGCCAAGUUUGACCCUCCUCAUAAUCGCCUUAACACAGAAUUCUUCAAGAUAAAGCCCACACUGAGGAAGUUAACAUCACAGCAUCCUUAUGCAGAGGUGUUUAUUGGAAAACCUCACGUGUUCACUGUUGAUAUUGAUAACCUUACUCUUGUGGAGGAGGCCAUUAAAGAGAUUUUAAACACUGAGGUGAAGCCUUAUCUUCCUCAUGAAUGGACGCCUAAAGGAAUGCUGGAGCGUGUGAAUGCUUUCAGCGAGUACUAUGACUUUUGCGAACACAGCGAGAGGUGGCCUCCAUUGUCCGAAAUGCAGCUGUUUAUGGGUGAGGCUGGCAAGUCAUGCGUGGAAGUUUGUAAACUGUCUGGUCUCCUGUGUGAACCAACCUACUUUGUUGAUGUCAACAGUGCGAAGGAUUUGGAAAAGGCGGGAGUCAAGUGCGAGUCUGUACAAACCGAGGAAUCCCUCUUGGCACCUAGCUAUAACACGUCGACGUAUCUGUGCACGUUACAGAAACAGCCUGUCCUCUUCAGCUGCGUCGCCAAGGGACCGCAGCUCAGGCGACUGUGUCCGUGCAGGGAUUUCCAAACUCAACAGGUCGCGUUUUGCAAAAAGUGCCACUAGAAACGAGCAGAGGAAAACAGCACACGCGCACAUGCUGCCGAACGGGCAAGUGGCAAGAGUUGGUGCCAUCUCAUCCCGGGUCGGGUUUGGAUCUGGAAUCCCUUGGGAUGCUGAUCUCGUAUCCCCAUUGUUCAAGUAGUUUAAUCCCGUUUCCCCGAGUUCGGAUGCCUCACACGAGUCAUGCGAGUCAAAUUCGCGUACGUAAAUCGUUACUAACGACACCACACUUAUUUGUAAACCUUGUGGUGGAAAGAAACAUUAGACCUCCCUCUCAAUUUCAAUUCCCCCCUCCUUAAUACCCCCCUCUCACACUUCUAUUGAAGUCCCCCUAAGAGAACACCAUAUUUACUCUAGAGAGCUCGGUUAUAUUUCGGUUUUGAACUUUCUUGUCAAUGUAAUGGCUAAUUUGAAAGAUUGCACGGCCGAAUUGCACUAGUCGUUCCAGCGAGGGCAGAAUAUGAAGAAUUGUAGGGUAGGAAGCUUUUUUAUGAAGGGAGUUGUUCUUCUGAUUUGAUCAAAUCCUCCCAGCGGAAAGGAACGGGGAAGGGGGG